CAGUUAGGUUGCUUCUUAAUUGAGGAUACUUACUCAAAUUCUGUUUUCAAUUCAGGUAUUAGAUAUUUUCGAUAGAUAAAAUGGAGAUUGUUCUCUUCAACUUGUUUUGCAAGAUUUUUUAUGUACAAACGAUUUGAUGGUUUUCCAGGGUGAUAAUUUUUAAAAACAGGAAGCAAUCUUUGAUCUAUAAUGUAAUGCACAAAAGAUUUAACAUGUCCUUUGAUAGAAUAAUGUUUUAUUGAAGAUAUAAUAAUUUUUACCAUUAGCUGAAAUUCUGUUAUUUGCUAAUUCACUAGAUGUAAUAACUUUUUGCUCAACAGUUUCAGUAUUUUCAUUGUUUUCAGCAGUAUCAAGGCUCUUGGAAAGUGGAAACAUUAUCCCAAAACCACCAUCUGUAGCAUUUACAGAAUCAGUAUUUUCCUCUUUAUUCGAAGCAUCUAAAAUUUGUCAUUAUCAACAUUUUCUGUUUUUUCUAUUGAUACGGGCUUUUUGGCAAAUUCAACUGUUAAAUAUUGUCCUCUAACAUUUAAUUGGUGUAAACGUAACAAUGCUUGUAAGGCUAUUUCUUGGGAUUGGAAUUUUGCAAAAGUCAUGGUGUAUUUUUUAGAAAGCCUUAAUGUUCGUGUUUUAAUAGCACCAUAUUUUCUAAAUAAUUCAUUACGUCGUUCAUCAGAAAGUUCUGGUGGUAAAUGAAGUAUCCUAAGUGUAUCUGAGACCUAAAAUAAAUAUUUCAUUAAUAUAGUAUUUAAUGUAAGUAAAUAUUUUUAUUGAUACAUUUAAGAAUGUAUUUCUAAAUUCCAUAUAACGUUUGAAAAAUAAAAUAGAAAUCAAGAAUACAAAUAAAUAGCAGGUUAUGAUAGGUUGAGUGUUAAUAAUACAAGUUAUAAUAUGAAUUUAAUAAUAUUUUCAUUUUUAUCUAUAAUUUCUUAAUGGUAUGUAUCUAAUCGUAUUAAAUUACAUGUGUUGUUUCAGAUGUCAUUUUAAAUUUUAAGAAAUAUAAAAUAUCAUUAAACUAUGUUUACAAUUAUAUCGUAGGUCGUUAAGAACUUUAGCGUCAUCUUUAUCAGAGACGCGGUAUAUUCAAUUCCGAUAAUUCUACUUAUUCUUACUUAUUAAUUUCUGGUUAUUUUACUUAAAGUCUAAUCCGUUUUUAUUUUAAUCCAUAAGAACGUAAUAAAAAUUUACAAUAACAAAAUUAGUUCCUUAUUUAUAUAGUAUACUAUGAAUUAUAUUUAUCUAUUAAUAAUUAGACACG